GCACUUCCUGUCCGUUCGCGGAAGUUGUUCAACUUCCGGUUUUGAAACGAAGCAGCCAAGAGAUUGUUGAGACUAAGCGCAACAUCCUUUUAUUUCACGUCCAUAGUUUUGUGUUGUUGACCGGGCAGUCAUGUCUAGUCACGAAAGCGUCAACAUGAAGCUCCCACCGAUCCAGUCCACGGCAGGAGCCGUGCCCAUCCGGAAUGAGAAAGGUGAGAUCUCCAUGGAGAAGGUGAAGGUGAAGAGGUAUGUGUCAGGUAAACGUCCAGACUAUGCCCCCAUGGAGUCGUCAGAUGAAGAGGAGGAGGAAUUCAAGUUUGCUAAAAAGGGAGUGGAAAUGGAGCUGGAGGUAGAGCAGCAGGAAGAAGAUGUGAAUGACCCACGUCUCAAACGUUUGCUCAAUCGAACUUCUGAGGACGUGGAGGAGAGGCUCGCAAGACACAGACAGAUCGUAGAGCCUGAAGUUGUUGCUGAGAGCAGUGAGGACUCUGAUGAAGGCACAUGGCACCCUGAGCAUCAGGAGAGCAGCGACGAUGAAGAGGAGGAGGAGGAGGAAGAGGAGGAAGAAGUGGAUGAUGAGGAAAUUGAGAGGAGGCGAGCAAUGAUGCGCCAGCGUGCAAUGGAGAGGAAAAAUGAAGAGAUGGAAGUGAUGGAGGUGGAGGAGGAGGGGAAGUCAGGAGAGGAGUCUGAGUCGGAGUCAGAAUAUGAGGAGUACACAGACAGUGAGGAUGAAGCAGAGCCGAGACUUAAGCCUGUUUUUAUUCGCAAAAAGGACAGAGUCACUGUGGCAGAGCGCGAAGCCGAGGAGCUGAAGCAGCGAGAGCUGGAGGCCGAGGCCAAGAGGCAGGCAGAGGAUCGGCGGCGCUACACCCUCAAGAUUGUUGAGGAGGAGGCUAAGAAGGAGUUUGAAGAGAACCGGCGCUCGCUGGCUGCACUGGAAGCUCUGGACACUGACGGGGAGAAUGAAGAGGAGGAAUAUGAAGCCUGGAAGGUCCGAGAGCUGAAACGCAUCAAGAGAGACCGAGAGGCCCGGGAAGCAAUGGAGAGAGAGAAGGGUGAAAUUGACAGAUUCCACAAUAUGACGGAAGAGGAACGCAGGGCGGAGCUACGCAACAGCGGCAAAGUCGUCACCAACAAAGCCUCCAAAGGCAAAUACAAGUUCUUGCAGAAAUACUACCACAGAGGAGCCUUCUUCAUGGAUGAGGAGGAGGAUGUUUACAAGAGAGACUUCAGCGCUCCUACACUGGAGGAUCACUUCAACAAAACCAUCCUACCCAAAGUCAUGCAGGUCAAAAACUUUGGUCGGUCAGGACGCACAAAGUACACCCACCUGGUGGACCAGGACACCACGUCGUUCGACUCUGCGUGGGCCCAGGAGAGCACUCAGAACAGCAAGUUCUUUAAGCAGAAGGCAGCAGGCGUGAGGGACGUGUUUGACCGACCCACGGUGAAGAAGAGGAAGGCAUAAGACGCCUCUUUCCAGUGAAGAGACUGAGGAUGCUACUUGUGUUCUUGUGGACUUUGUUGGGGAAAAAGCAACAAAAUGAUUCUGCUUUGAUGUUUUAACCAAAAGGAUCCAAACCUGUUUAGAAAUUUAAGGUUGCAGCUGAAACAUUUCCUGGACAAAAGUAGACAGCCAGCUGAAACCUGCAGCUUGUGUGGAACUCUGUAAAUAACCUUAUUGUGAUGAUCAGUUUGUGGGUUCCUCGCCCAUUUUGUAUGAAACCGUGAUGUUUCAAUUAAAGAUGUUUUCAGUUAUUUUA